AUGGAUUUGGUAUUCUACACUCUACAGAUUGGUUUCUUCCAUAUGGACUUUGAUCUUAUCUCUAAAAGCAUUGACAAAGCAAAGAACUUGUUUGAAGAGGGGGGUGACUGGGAGAGAAAGAACCGUUUGAAUGUGUAUGAGGGAUUAUUCUGCAUGUCUACUCGCGAUUUCAAAAAAGCCGCCACUCUUUUUCUCGACUCCAUUUCAACUUUCACAACCUACGAGCUCUUCUCUUAUGACACCUUCGUAUUCUACACUGUUCUUACUAGCAUCAUAUCCUUGGAUAGAGUUUCAUUGAAACGAAAAGGUAAUGUGGUGGAUGCCCCUGAAAUAUUGACUGUUAUCGGCAAAAUCCCAUAUUUGUCAGACUUUCUCAACUCCCUUUAUGAUUGUCAGUAUAAAUCAUUUUUCACUGCUUUUGCUGGCUUGACCGAGCAUAUUAAGUUGGAUCGCUAUCUGCAUCCACACUUGCAGUACUUCAUGAGGGAGAUAAGAAGUGUAGUUUAUUCCCAGUUUUUAGAAUCCUACGAGACUGUAACUAUUGAAGCUAUGGCUAAAGCAUUUGGAGUCACAGCGGAUUUCAUUGACGUGGAGCUGUCUCGGUUUAUUGCAGCAGGGAAGUUACAUUGCAAGAUAGACAAAGUUACUGGUGUGCUAGAAACCUAA